AUGUUGCCAUCACAACCACAAGUUCCAGAAAUUGGUAGCAAAUUCCAAACAAUAGAAAGUUUCAAGAAAACUGCUCAACAAGUUGCUAAAGCAGCAGGUUUGUGUCAUCAUCAAAAAUGUCACAUGAUGAAAAAGCGUCAAGGCUGUCCUGUUGCUUUGUAUGCUGUUUUGAAUGAGAAAGCCGGUGUUUGGAUAGUACGAUCUUAUAAAAAUCAGCAUUCUCAUGAACUCUUUCUUCUAUCACAAUCAGUUGCUGAUGUGGUACAAUGGAAGCAUGAUACUAUGUAUAUGAAAGAUAUUGUUAAUGAACAUGAUAGAAUUAGAAAUGCUCUGAAUGAAGGCUCAAAUAAUGAUACAACUAUGUGGCUUUUGCAGAUGUUAGAAGAAUGCCAGUACAUAGUUCACCAUCUAUUAUCAAAAGAUGCUGCGUGUCAUGCUGCUAUAUGUCUGAAGGUGCUAAUCGUUGAUGCAACUUAUAAAACAAAUUUGUACAAGCUUCCUUUAAUAAAUUCUGUUGGUGUUAAUAAUAUUGGCAAAGCAAAAUCCCUUAAUACAUACCAAAUCGCAAUGGCAUAG